AUGGACGGACAUAAUGCAGUGAGCCAGGAAGGAUCCGAUGAGGAAUUACCUGCAGAAAAUUCGCGAUGCUCAAAGAUCAAUGUUAAACUCUUGCCUUACAAAUCGUUUUAUUUUUUGUUCUUCUCAGCCGUAGGUUCGCUGUUCCCAUACUUAGCAAUCUUUUACAAACAGCUUCGGUUAUCAGCUCGGCAGACCGGAGUUUUAAUCGGAAUAAGACCAGUACUACAACUUGUGAGUACUUCCUCAUGGGGAAUUAUCGCUGAUAAAUCAGAUAAGAGCAAGUGUAUAUUCUUGAUUUCGCUCGUAGGAUGGCUUUGCGCAAAUUUUUCGCUAUCGUUGGUGAAGCAUAAGGCAGACAUUGGACCGUGUCGGGAUAAUGGGUCACUAACCGUAUUCGAUAACGCUCUUGGUGUAGCAGCUGCGGGGCCAUUUUUAAGAAACGAAACCUUCAAGGCAGAUGCAGAAAAAGCUUUAAUGGGAAUGCGGAUUAAUAGGCAUCGUAUCAAGAGAAGAAACUUAACUGGUCCGUUAAACCAGAAAAGGAGCCACUCAAUGGAAUCUAAUAGGACUUGGAACAACAUAAUCUCCAAAAUAAAGUCCACUUUUAAGAACGGGAUGACCGAACGAAAGAUUGAUGAAUUGGAACAAAGUUCAAUUGGGCAUUCGCCAUGGUCACUCCAUGCAAUAUUAAACUUAAAGACAUCAAAUAACACCGAGAUUAGCCAGAACAACGAUGGAAUAUUUAUCAUACUGUUGAUCAUAAGUAUCGUGGGCACAUUAAUAGCAGCACCGGCCAUUCCUUUAGCUGAUACAGCAACCUUACACGUUUUAGGUAAUCAAAUUAGAAUUAAUUUAUUCUAUUUUGUUUUAUUAUUUCAUUUUAGGCAAAAUAGUGUCUGCACGGAACUGACUUGUAAAGCAUUAAUGAUCCGGUUUACCGUAUGCUAGAAGCGCCUGUUCAUCCGUACAAGGAGCAUUAGAGAGUUCGGCAUUUAGUAUGAUCUUACCUUAAGCAUUCUAGUACGUCGUGUCGUUGUUCAAACUGCAAUAUAUGUUAUUUAAUUACAUCAUUUUCAUGGCGACAGAGUAAAACGUUCAUGUCGUUUGGGGUUUUUUUAUGUGAAUUCACUUACUAUAAUUGCUACUUCAGCGAAUUCCAGGGUUGUUUCUUUAUAAGUGCUUCUAAAAGUUUAGUAAUGUUAUAUUUUGGUUCGAAUACAAAAGUAUAAGUAUUGUGCUGUGCUGAGUGGUUAUAUUACUACCUUAAAAAAUAAGCAGAAACUCGACGUUUCGAGCGAAGGCCCUUCGUCAAGAGUUAGUAGCAGGGAUCGGGGAAAAUGCACGGGCUUUUAUACUAAGAGUAUGAAAGCAUCACGUGACAAAAAGUAAACCAAUUAGAUGGAUUUAAUAAUAACAAAGUGUAAACAAAAUAUGUAAAUCGCAUUGCAGAAUAUAAUAUAAUUAAAAAAAUAAAAAUAAACAGGAAGUUAAGACAAUUACUACAAAAAAUAAUCAAAACAAAACACGAGUGGGAAUAAGGUAAAAGUAAAAGUAAUAAAUAGAAGUUGUCAAUGUCUGCUAUAGACAGGCAAAGACAGAUGGCAUCAUAGACAAAACAGAAGACAUGUCUUCUGGAUUGUCUAUGAUGGCAUUAAACAUAAGAAAAGCGUUCAUUAAUGCCAGAAGGGUGAACAGUGCCAAGUUUAGAUAUGAGGCGCAUUUCAUGUCGUUUGCGGCUAUCGUUGCUUCCAGAUAUUUUUAAUUGUAUUAUAUUCUGUAAUGCGAUUUACAUAUUUUGUUUACACUUUGUUAUUAUUAAAUCCAUCUAAUUGGUUUAUUUUUUUGUCACGUGAUGCUUUCAUACUCUUAGUAUAAAAGCCCGUGCAUUUUCCCCGAUCCCUGCUACUAACUCUUGACGAAGGGCCUUCGCUCGAAACGUCGAGUUUCUGCUUAUUUUUUAAGGUAGUAAUAUAACCACUCAGCACAGCAUUUUCACAUUGGUACUACCAACACUGGUACAGACAGUUUAAGUAUUGUGUUUCCUGCCGUCGCCGUUGUUGGUUGCCAAACUCACUACUGUCUGCCUGGUCUAUGAUCUGCAUGUCUGGACGCAAAUACAAGACGAAUUACAGUAUCUACACGAACAAGCUAGAAUAGCGCGUAUACUGAUUUUGGAAAAGGUUUUCCAAAUUGUUUGCUUUUCAAAAAUAUACGCGCAUCGUCGGAUAAGACGAAUUAUAUAGAAGGCACGCACGCUCGUUUGAGUACACAAUUGCGCAAACAGUGUAUUCUUCUUGACUAUAUAUUUAUCCCUUCGCCACGUUUAUAACAAACUACAGUACCUUUCCUUUGCCCAAAUUCGUUCAGACGAAUCAGGCAAUUACUGUACUGUAUAUGAACAAUUACUGUAUGUGAUUCAGUUUGUUUUUACUGCAGGUGAUCGGAAGGAUUACUACGGCAAGCAACGUCAGUGGGGAGCUAUAGGCUGGGGGAUAUCAUCUUUCCUGGUCGGUUCAGUGGUAAGCACUGUACAAGAGAAAUCCAAAUGUAACGUACCUAACCACGUUAAUUAUCAACCAUGUUUCUACGCCUUCGCAGGGUUAAUGAUACUUGCCUUCAUCCCUGCGCUGUUCAUCCGCUUUGAAGACAGAAACUUACCGACAGCAAAUCUUACUCGGAGCUUACGAACCCUAAUAAAAUUCGAUUCCAUCGUCUUUCUUCUGACCAUUCAUCAGUUUGGUAACUCCUGGGGGCUUGUCCAAACGUUUCUUUUAUGGCAUCUUCAAGAUCUAGGCGGGACACAGUUCUUGUUCAGUAUAGUCACAGCCGUGCAAUGUCUAUCAGAGGUCGUAUCCUAUCAUAUUGCUGGGUAUGCAAUAACAAAGUUGGGUUAUUAUCGUGUGCUAUAUCUUGGUCUCUUCUUCUCCUCACUAAGGUUUAUUUUUUAUGGUGUGAUCAAGAAUCCUUGGCUGGUAGUGCCAAUAGAAAUCUUCCAUGGUGUAUCAACUACUCUUAUCUGGGCAUUAGCUGUAUCGUUUAUUGGUCUAAACACCGGCGUUGCUACCACAAUGCAAGGGAUCUUAUCUGGCAUUCAUUGGGGUUUAGGAUUUGGAGGAGGAGCCAUAUUUGGUGGCAUAUUGGUGAACGCUAUUGGAUCAAAAUAUACCUUUCUUGGGUAUGGUAUUUUUUCAUUGAUAAAUUUACUAGGAUUUAUGCUGACACGAAAUUUAAGAAGGUGCGUACAACCAACAGAAGAAAGUCAGUCUUUACUUGAUCAAGAGGAGAUAGAAUUAAAUUCAGUUGAGACAGAAAAUUCACCAAUUGCGGAUGAUCUGCAUUAG